AUGCCUUCGAAGGAAAUAUUCGGAAUUAUUUGCACACGAACAAUUUCUCAAGAUAAAUACAGUAAUAUAGUAAUUCAGUUGCAGAAGAUACAUCGGUUACGAGAAAAUCUGCCCCACUGUGGAGUGGACCGGCUCUGCUACGGCUGCUUCGGGUGGACCACAGUGAAUCUGCUGGGAUCGGCUGUGGCGCUGCUUUUUAAAGGGCGUUCGGCGCGGGUUUGCCCCCACCACCGCGCCCGUCCGCCCCCGCCUGCCCCCACCGCGCAGCGCGUGACGCCACCUCGUGAGCCGGUGAAAUGA